AUGUAUCAGAUUUCCCAAAAAAACAUUAAGAAAUCGAAUGAAAUGCUCCCUCUUGAUCCUCUUAUCUUUAGAAGGCUCUACAGCUACUCUAAAGGUAAUGUCAAGAAUCAAGAAAUCGAUACCCGCGGAAAGCUGCCUCUCUUAUGCGAAGAAGAUGGUUCAGAUAAUAAAUAUAACUCGGCCAAUGGGUUUUCGUUUUCAACAGGAACUCAUCAAGUACAACACGAACCGUCAAAAGAUUUUCAUAGUUUAGAUGCCCUGUUUCUCGACACCACACCAACGUUUCCUUCAUAUGAACAUAAUAUGCAAGAGCUAGCAAAUAUCGAAUCGCAAUAUUCUGAGCUUAUUAAACCACAAACACAAAGUCAUGAAGAAGCGGUAGUACGAUACACAGCAAGUGGCCCGAAGAUGUCAACCAAUGCGAUUAUUCGGUUAGGUGGAGAACGGUUCAUACAAUCGUAUUCAGCUUCGACGAACAACAUUUUGAUAUUGAACCACCCUUACGGUAGUUCAUUCUCGGGCCUUUCUGAUGAAGAAGUCAAAGAUGUUCAACUCAUUGCAAAUCUUUUGCUUUCUGCAGAGAAAGUCACUCAACAACAGUUUGAACGAUCGAUCAAUCUUCUUGAUUGGUGUGACGCAUUGUCUUGUAGCUCAGGAAACACGGUUCAAAGAAUAGUUCAUUAUUUUUCAAAAGCUUUACGAGAGAAGAUUGAUAGAGAAACUGGGAGAGUUUCGUCCAGUGGGUGGGGAACGAAACUUGUAGAAAAUCUUGUAGGUAGAGUGAUGAGCCCGAAUCCGAGGGCGGUCUUCAUGUAUGAUAAGUUACCAUUAUACCAAGCGGGUCUUUUUUCUGGAGUGCAGGCUUUGGUGGAUGGCGUAUCCGGGUCGAAAAAUGUGCAUGUUAUCGAACUUACUCUAAAACAAGGUGUACAUUGUACGAUUCUAAUGCAAGCUCUCGUAUCGCAACCCAAUUGUCCUAUUGAGCAUCUCAAAAUUACCGCUGUUGGGACUGAUUUCAAGAAGGAAACUGAGCAAACGGGUGAGUGGUUGAAGAGUUUUGCUGAAUCUAUAAAUUUAUCCUUCUCUUUCAAUGUGGUUAUAGUUGAAGAUAUGCUAGAUUUCAAUAAAGAUCUUCUUGAACUAGAUCCAGAUGAAGCUUUGGGUGUUAACUCCUCAUAUGGUUUAUGGAGCAUGAUCGCGCAACAAGACCGUCUAGAAUCUUUAGUGAAAGUUAUAAAAAGUAUUAACCCUCGUGUUAUGGUGAUGCUGGAAGUUGCAGUGAAUCUUAACUCACCAACCUUCGUGAAUCGUUUUAUUGAAGCCUUGUUUUACUAUGGGGCGUUGUUUGAUUCGUUAGAAGAUUGUUUGGGCCGUGAAGAUGAAAGCCGCGGUUUCACUGAAUUGAUGUAUUUAAGUAAGGGAAUACAGAACAUCGUGGCAUCAGAAGGCGCUGAAAGAGUGAUUAGGCAUGUGCAUAUUGAUGUUUGGAGAAAGUUCUUUGCGCGGUUUGGGAUGAAAGAGGUUGAGCUUAGUAUGUCAUCUUUAUUUCAAGCAAAUCUAGUUGCGGAAAAGCUUCCAUGUGGAAGUUCUUGUACAUUUGAUAAGGAUGGCGAAUCACUCGUCAUUUGCUGGAAAGGAACACCGCUUCAUUGUGUUUCGGCUUGGAAAUUCUCAUGA